UAUAUGUACGUUGGCAUCACCCCUACUUCCGGUACACGAUGGGCAGUGUUUUCAUCCCGUAUGCAUCACAAUGCAGCAGCGACCUGUGAGGUUUGGUUUUGGUAUCACAUGUACGGUGAAGACAUUGGUUCACUAGAGCUUUACAUACAGGAAGAGAAGUUCUUGAUGAGACCUUGGGUGAAGACCGGAAGCCAAGGAGACACAUGGCAUGAGGGUAUCGCAGCUCUUGGAAGGAUUCCCGGAGGAUUCAAUGUGAAGUUUCAGUCAGUACGUCAAUACACUGUGUUUGGUGAUGUAGCCAUAGAUGAUAUCAGUAUGAGACAGUGUGCAUUACCAGUUCCACAGGUGAGAGACUGUGAUAUUGAUGAAUUCCGCUGUGCUACUAAUGCCUGUAUACCAUUCAUGAGAAUAUGUGAUUUUACUGAUGAUUGCGGAGACUUUUCAGAUGAAGCUCCUGAUCUCUGCAGUACCUAUGAUAUGUGUGACUUUGAGGAUGGUACCUGUGACUGGGUUCAAGAUGCUUCAGAUGAAAUGGAGUUCAGCAGAUUAAGCGGACAGUCUGAACCUGGUGUACGUAGCGGCCCCAUCCGUGAUCACACAACUCAAUAUCUUGGGUAUUACAUGGUGUUAAUAGCUGAUACUGAUGGUUAUAAGGAGAAUGAUACAGCCAGACUCAUCAGCCCUGUUUACAAAUCAACUGGCCCAGACUGUAGGGCACGUAUUUGGUAUCAUAUGUAUGGCCGUGAUAUGGGAACAUUGAACAUCUACCUACGAACAAACAUUGGUGGAUACAUGACCCUGCUCUUCACCAAGAACUGGUAUUCUAAUGACUAUUGGGAACUAGCUAACCUUGCACUACUCGAUGAAGGGUCUCCUAACUUCCAAGUUGUGAUCGAGGUUGUCAGAGGCGAUGGUCCUUACGGUGAUAUAGGGAUCGAUGACACAUCAUUCACUACAGACUGCAUGCAAGUAACUGGUGGACUUCCUUCGGGUACAACGACUCCUGCGUCUACUACCAUUGGUCCUUGCGGAAAGGGUAAAUGGCAGUGUGAUGACCUGACUUGUAUUGAUUCUAGUCAGUACUGUGAUUACCAAGAAGACUGUCCUGAUAAAUCAGAUGAGGCAUUCUGUGGCCCAUGUACGUUUGAAUCUGGACUGUGUGGAUGGAAUGAUGAAAGCUAUGGGCAGUAUGUAUGGGAGCAGAAACAGGCUGGGACAGACCAGAUACCAGACAAGGAUCACAAUCUAGACUCAUCAAGUGGAUACUAUGUGAAGGUUGUUCCAGGCAAUGGUCAAUUCAGUGAGUUCUCUAGACUGUAUAGCCCUAUGCUACCACACACUGCAGUUGAAUGCAUCCUAGAUUUCUGGUUCUACUAUCAGGAGUCUAGUAAAAACGUAGAGUUCAAGCUGGAAGUGAAGGUUGGUGAUGACCCCAGUUUCACGAUCUGGAGUCCUUUCUAUACCUGGACGUCAUCUUGGAUGAAAGCUCAUGUAGGGAUAGGUAGACUGGAGGCAUCCUAUCAGCUCAUCUUUGCUGCGUUGGUGGAGUAUGAGAAUGAUACUAUAGCGAUUGACGAUAUCACCUUCACGGAUUGCAAGGCUAUAUCCUAUGUUCCAUGUGAGAUCCUGUGUGAUAACAAGCUCUGUGUACCUUACUCAGCAGAAUGUGAUUAUUCUCAGGACUGUGGGGAUGGCACUGAUGAAAACACAUGCAGUGACUAUUGGAUGUGUGACUUUGAAUCUGGUACGGUGUGUGACUGGACACAAAAUUAUGAUGAUGAAUUAGAUUGGUUCUGGCUGACUGGAUAUCAAGGAUCUCUAGAUGGAGCCCCCUAUGAAGACCACACCCACGGUAGCCCAACAGGUCAUUAUUUCUAUCUGGAUUCUGGAGAAGAUGAUGUGAAUAAGAAAGCCUUGCUGGAUGGACUGGUAUUCUCUAAACCUCAAAGUCCUGGGGAUUGUCAGAUUCGUUUCUGGGCAUUCAUGAACGGAGCCAAUGUAAAUCGUUUGAGUGUUUUAACCCAAGUAUCAACCCAUGAUGACCCGGAGAGAGCCUGGACUAAGGAUAAGUCUUUGGGAGAUUUAUGGAAUAGGUUUUCAGUUCCUCUAGACAUUGGUUAUAGAUUCAAGGUAUAUUUUGAAGGCAUCGCUGGGGGUCUAGAUGAUAACAUAGCUAUUGAUGACAUCACAAUGACUCCUGGCUGUAUCAAAGAUCCUGAUCAAACAUUACCAGUCACCGUCACACCAACGGAUAGUCCACACUGUAGGGAUGGUCAGAGAGCUUGUAAUGACGGUACAUGUAUAGAUUCAGAAAAGUUCUGUAACUUUAUCUAUGAUUGUGAUGAUGCAUCAGAUGAGAUAGACUGCCCAUCUGCAUGUGAUUUUGAUCUUGACAUGUGUAUGUGGAGACAAGGAGUGAAUGAUAACUUUGAUUGGUCAAGAUUCAACAACUCGGAGGCGGAUAGUUAUGCAGGUCCCAUCUCGGACCAUUCUACAGGAAGUCCUAUGGGUAUCUACUACUAUGUUGAUGGUCUGACAAGCAGUAAGAACCAUCAUGCAACCUUGAUCAGUCCUACCUAUGGUCAAGCAGGGACGGACUGUAUAGCAUCUGUGUGGUACUACAUCUAUGGUUCCUCAUAUGGUAACCUGGAGAUCAAACGUAGAGUGGACGGUGAAGAGAGGACAUUGAUGGCUAUUGAUGAGGGCAAUGUGGUCAGUGAGGAAUGGACACAGGCCAGAAUCAGCCUUCCACCAUGUUUGUCAAACUUCAAUAUACUGAUAGAAGCAGGAAACCAGCAGUCAAUUACAGCCUCUGGUGGCUAUGCCAUUGAUGAUAUCCGCUUUGACCAUUGUGCCUUCACUGAGUAUGACCAAUCUUGUCCUACAGACUUCUAUCAAUGCAGUGAUCAACAUUGCUAUUAUCAAGAUCAUGAGUGCGAUCUCAAUAAGGACUGUUGCACAGAUACCGGCAAUGGCAACGAUGAAAACAACUGCGGAUCUUACAAGCAAUGUGAUUUUGAGGGUGAUUUGUGUAGUUCAAUCUGGAGCCAUCUAGCAGCACCCGAGGAUGAUUUUGAUUGGACGAGAGUACAAGCUCUUAAGAUGAGUCAGAUUACCUUUGAUCAUACUACAGAUACAGGAAACGGAUAUUACAUGUAUAUGGAUCCACAAAACAGAGCACAGAGUGGUGACAAGACACAACUUGGCAGCUAUAUUAUUCAAGCAAGCAAUACUAACUGCAAGAUGCGGUUUUUCUAUUACAUGACUGGGAUAAAUGGAGGAACACUCAACGUCUACACCCGUACAAUGGUAGGAGGCCCUCUAUUGUUGAGAUGGACUGAUGCAGUUGAUCGAGGCCUAAUGUGGAUGAAGGAGGUCAUUACUCUAAACAGUGAUGAUAUGUUUCAGGUCAUCAUAGAAGGUGUCAAAGGUCAAGGUUCAACUGGAAUCCUGGCUAUUGAUGAUACAACCUUUACUCCUGAUUGUCGUGUCUCUGGAUCUAGUCUUCCUGUCCUUACUACAGGGGUACCUACUACCACUGUGCCAACUACAUCCACCAAGCCUAGCAGUAAGCCAUCAUCACCAUCACAAACUGAUGUUAUAACUACAACUGCGGAACCUACAAAGCAGCAAGGCACUCACAGUCCUUUGAAAGGUGGUACUAACACUGGUCUAGUAGCUGGUCUCUCUGCUACGGCCGUCAUCAUCAUCUUUCUCAUCAUCAUUGUUGUAUCUGUAUUAUUCUGGCGAAGAGGAAGAAGGUAG